AUGUUAUGUGAUGAUGCAGUUAUUUCCCAGAUACCGGAUAUCGUUUCUCGACUCAAGGAGUCGAUCGAGGGCAUUACGACACAGAGACCCUAUUCCGAGCGCUUAUGGCGUGAGCUCUCGAAGGGCCGAUGGGAGGCCCGUAACCAUGGAUUACCAAAAGAUGUCAAAAUGAGGCCUCCAUCAGCCGAUGACAACAUAUACGUCGACCCCCCUUCUCCGAAGCAGGAUAAAGAGAAGAAAAGAAGAAAAGCUCCGAGUUCCUCGAGCCCUGAAAAGAAGAGAUCGAGGAAGCGGUUGGCGCGCAAACCUAAGAAUGCCAGCGCCCUAGAACUUUCAUCGGACUCACUUCAUCGGUUGAGAUAUGAGUCCAAAGAAGAAGAGGAUUCUGAUUUGGUGGCCCGCGUGAGAAGCGGUUUCAAACUGCCUCAAGCCAUGGAGACCAUAGAAGAAGCAGCGGCUGAAGUCUCCGAACCAAGGAGGGUCGAGACUCUUUUUCCCCAAGCUAAGGAGGUCGAAAAAGAGGUUGUGAUCGGUACUUCUCGGUUAGAAGAUAAUGUGCCUAAGGAGGCGCUUGGGGUGAUCGAUCUCUCUAAGUCGCCUUCAUUUACCGAUUCUAUGAUAAAUGAGGCUCAAACGUUGAAAGGUAAUCUCGGCGAAGGGGCCCAAGGAGCAGCCGAUUCUUUCCACAAUUUCAUCGAUGGCCUAGAUUCUACUGCUUUGGAGGAUGUCACCGUGUUGGGCGACUUACCAGUACCAAAGAAGAUACCGUCCCCGGGAGCUGGCGGGACUUCUUCAAGCCCAAAAUUAGUGAAUCAGUUCCCAGCUCCGAGUGUUGAUCCUACUCGGAGACAAGCAAUUUUUAUGCCCAUUCCGAAGGACGCCCGGGUUCUCUCUGCCCCGGUGGAGAUUACCAGUUACCUUCGGUGCUUGGUGACCGAAGAGGAUCAAGCUAGAAUGAACGAGGUAUCGGUGCUUCAUCACGAGGCCUUUCUCCGAUAUCGGGAGGAGUUCAAGCAUCACGAGGCCGAGAUUCGGGAGCUUGCUGAGAAGAAGGAUGUUUACAAGCUUCUUAGUGAGAAGCUCCAAGCCGAGUUAGAAGCGGCUCGGAAUGAUGAUUCAAACAUAUUGGCUAACGAUCCGAACCCACAGGUUCAAAAGAGACUUAACCAAAUCGAGCAGCUCCAGGUGGAGGUGGACACGAUGAAGGUCGAGGUCAAUACGAUCGAGGGACUCCAAUCUCAGUUGAACUCGGCUUUUUUUGGUCAAGAGAACCUGGCCAAGGAGCUUGAGGCAGCCAAGUUAGAGGUCAUCAUGGCCAAGACCGAGGCCAAUGAUAAAGUGGCCCAGUUCAAGGCCGAUGUCGAGGCCAUUCAGAAACAAGCAAGAAACAUGGUGAAGCAUGCGAGGUGGAAAUCCCAAAGGGAGGCCCUCGAGGGAGUUCAUGCUCAGAAUUUUGACAUAUUGGCAGAAAUUGAGAAUGCCAAGUUAUGCGAAGCCAAGGCCUAG